AUGAGAUUCACGGAAGGAAUGUGGCAUCUGAAGGAGGGCGUACGCAUCGAAUGGAUGAGUAAUGUUGAGCGCCUGCGCGUCGAGCAGGAGACGGUUGAUCUGCUGCUGAACAAGGUGCAACGGCAUCGGGGCGACACUUUGAACUCGCCUACCAUUUCUGCGAAAGUGACGUCGCCAUUGGAAGGGAUUAUCGGCGUUAAGCUCGUCCAUUGGGCCGGUCAAGUCGACAGCGGCCCGCACUAUGAGCUACAGACUCAAACUGGCCAUGCAUCCAUCACCCACGACAAGGAAGCCGGCAAUCUCACCUACACAAGCGGCCCCCUCAACCUCGUUAUAAACACAAGCCCCAACGAACUAGGCUUCACAUUCCAAACCCCAGCCAACAAAAAGCUAACCGGCCACGCAUUUCGCUCAAUCGGCUACGUCGCCGACCAACGCAGCGCACCCUAUAACCACGCAGACGGAAUCUACGUUACACGCCAAGGCUACAUGCUCACCGAGAUGGACCUUGGCGUCAACGAAAAGAUAUACGGCCUCGGCGAACGGUUCAGCCCACUAGUCAAAAACGGCCAGACAGUUGAUAUCUGGAACGAAGAUGGCGGAACCAGUUCCGAGCUCGCGUACAAGAACAUCCCAUUCUACAUGUCCUCCAAAGGAUACGGGGUCUUCGUGAACCAUCCGGGCAAAGUGAGCCUGGAAGUUCAAUCCGAGCGGACGACGAGAGUGAAUAUCUCCGUUCCUGGCGAGGAGGUUGAGUAUUUUGUCGUUUAUGGGCCCAGGCCGAAAGACGUGUUGAGAAGGUAUACGGCUUUGACGGGACAGCCGGGCUUGGUGCCGGCCUGGAGCUACAAUCUGUGGUUGACGACUAGUUUUACGACGAAUUAUGACGAGGGGACUGUUAGUGGGUUCUUGGAUGGGUUUGAGAAGAGGGGAAUCCCGUUAGGGGUAUUUCAUUUUGACUGUUUCUGGAUGAAGAGUUAUCAGUGGUGUGAUUUCGAGUUUGAUGAGGAGAUGUUCCCUGAUGCGGGUGGCUAUCUUUCUAGGCUGAAGGAGAGGGGGUUGAGAAUUAGUGUUUGGAUUAAUCCGUACGUUGGGCAAGCGUCGCCACUGUUCGAGGAGGGGAGGAAGAAGGGGUUCUUCAUCAAGCGCACCGAUGGAUCGGUCUGGCAAUGGGACAUGUGGCAGGCUGGAAUGGCCGUCGUCGACUUCACCAAUCCAACAGCGUGUGACUGGUACAGCAGCCACCUGAAGCGACUUAUGAAGAUGGGUGUCGACAGUUUCAAGACCGAUUUCGCGGAACGAAUUCCGGUCAAGGGAAUCAAAUACCACGACAACUCGUCCCCGGAGCGAAUGCAUAACUACUACGCCCUGCUGUACAACCGCGUCGUGUACGACACACUCAGCGCACACGUCGGCCCAACACAAGGCCUCCUCUUCGCACGCAGCUCCGCACCGGGAGGACAAAAGUACCCAGUGCACUGGGGCGGAGACUGCGAAAGCACCUUCGAAGCAAUGGCCGAGUCCCUUCGCGGCGGUCUCAGCCUGAGCCUCAGUGGAUACAUCUUCUGGGCGUCAGACAUCGGUGGGUUCGAAGGGACGCCCCCACCAGCACUGUACAAGCGGUGGGUGCAGUUCGGGCUGUUGUCGACACACUCGCGACUGCAUGGGUCAUCAUCAUUCCGGGUGCCGUGGAUCUACGGUGAAGACUGCUCGGCCGUGUUGCGGGACUGUGUAAAGCGCAAGAUUCUGCUGACGCCGUAUAUUUUGCAGGAGGCGUUGAGGGGGCAUAGGGAGGGGACACCGUUGAUGAGGGCGAUGUUCCUGGAGUUCCCGGAGGACCUGAAUACGUAUGCUGUUGAUACGCAGUAUAUGUUUGGGCCCAAUCUGCUGGUUGCGCCGGUGUUUGAUGAGAGGGAGGUAACCUUCUAUGUGCCUAAAUGUGAAGAUGAUGGUGCUGGGAAGUGGGUUUCGUGGUUUGAUCAUAGCAAGACUUAUGAAAGUGGACAGUGGUAUACGGAGACUCAUGGGUUUGAUACGCUGCCGCUGUUAAUUCGACCUGGCUCGGCGACAGUCGUCAAUCCCGAGUUGAAGGUGCCGGAGGACGACGCGAUCUCGGGAAUUCAGUUGUUGGUUAAUGGCACUUUGCGUGAAGAGACCACGGUGGAGAUUGUGAAUCCAAGCCAGACGAACGAGGUUCUCAAGACGCUUCGGGUCUCUUAUGCAGAUGGGAAAGUCCAGUGUGAGGAUCCUUCAGUCGAGGUCGUCUAUGUUGGGUGA